AUGUCAGGUGUAGUGCAUCCCGACAAUAUUGUCAGAGAUGAGUUAGAAGUUCCGAAAGAGGUCAACGUAGAUGCUAAGUCUAAAGAGCCGAUUAACGAUGUUAAAAAGAUUGUUGUUUCGGUGGAUGUUCGACCACAAUUUACAAAUGAAAUGACUUUCACUUGUCGUGGACAUUUGCUAGAGUGGGUCCAAAAUGAAGCUAGUAAACUUGGAUUUGGCGUUGUGAUAGCAAGGUCUGACGAUGGCACUAGUAGAAGGAAAGCAUUUGUUAUGAUGAGAUGCGAGAGGGGUGGGAAGUAUGUUCCAACAAAUCGGAAGUUAAAACAUGAUGACACGGGAUCAAGAAUGUGUGCGUGUCCGUUUAAGUUGUGCGUAUCUUGUAGGGUUGAUGGUUUGUGGCCUUUUAGAGUCAUAUGUAGAAUUCAUAAUCACGCAUUGGAGACCAAGCUACACGGCCAUCGAAUUAUGUGUCAGCUAAAUCGCGAAGAGAAGGAUUUUAUUUCAAAAUUAUCGAUAAUCAAAGUUGUGCCGAGAAACAUACUUGUCGAUUUGAAGCGAAAAAGACUAGAUAGUGCUUUAGUACCGUUCACCUUCACUAGGCGCAAAAUAAAACGUCAAGUUCACCCGAUUUAA